CUCACCUGGUUUACUAUCUGGCGCAUGCGCAGAUCUCUCACCCUGGUCAUUCUCCGUCAAGUCAUGUGCGGCACUUUCUUUCGGAAUCGGAACACCGAAUACUGUCAAAGGCGUUCAUUUGUACCAUCAUCGCAAAGUUCACAGUGUACAUGAAGAGAGGGUCUACAGCACCUUGCGAGGUAUGAAGACAGAAUGUCAAUGGCAGAUCCACUGCCUUCAGGAUUGCUGGAAGCAUGUGUUGUUGUUGGACCUUCGAAUGAUAAACUUAAGGAGGUGUAUGAGUCUUUUCUGCAGGAAAACGGAAGUCCUUUACCUCUACUUGAUCCUGAGGUCCUGCAGGUUCAUGCACCCCCGUUCGUGACCAAAGGGAGCGUUAAUGAACCAGGUGUUGGAAACAUCAGCCGCACUCAACGGCGGUUUUCUUUCAUUAAAAAGAAAAACGACAGACACUUAGCCAACGCUGGAAAAGCCAAGGAAGAAACCACAGAGGAUGUCAGCGUUCCUAAAGACCUGGACCUGGUGGCCCUGCCACAACUUUGCUUUCCAGGUGAAACCAACUGUUUAAAAUCCUGUGUGUGCAUACAGACGUGUUUUCUUUGUAUGCUUGAUAAGCAAAGGUCCACACUUUUUGCAUAUAAGGUACUGGUUUGACCUUUUCAAGUGUUUGAACCAAAUAGAAAGUUUAUAUAUGUAACAAAUGUUCAUUUUUGAAUAUAUGUUCAAUUGGAAUAAAGAUG